CUUCCGCCGGGCCCCGCCGCCGCCAUGGGUGCCAGCGGCUCCAAGUCGCGGGGGCUGUGGCCGUUCGCCUCCUCGGCGGCGGGCGGCGGCGGAGCCGAGGGUCCCGGCGGGCAGCAGGCCCUGGCCCGGGCGCGGGGCGGGCGCGCCGCCACCCCGUUCGUCUUCACGCGCCGCGGCUCCAUGUAUUACGACGAGGACGGGGAUCUUGCCCACGAGUUCUACGAGGAGACGAUCGUCACCAAGAACGGGAGGAAGCGUGCCAAGCUGAAGAGGAUCCACAAGAACCUGAUACCUCAGGGCAUAGUUAAGCUGGAGCACCCUCGCAUUCAUGUGGAUUUCCCUGUGAUCAUCUGUGAGGUGUGACUGCUGGGUGCUGCUGCCCGUGGGCGAGACGGACCCGAGUGUCCCCACGCGAGGCUGCCCUGUGUUCCCAGCGAAGGAGGACGCUGAGACGUGGACUGUGGCUCUUCUUUGCCCAACGGCCAGGCAGGACGGAGCAGGCUUGGCUGGGCUCUACUUGGCUGCUGCUCCUCGGAGGAGAUGGGUGCCCUCGUGCAACUACAUAGAAACAUCCUCACUUGAGUCAAAAGACUUAAAAUACCUUUUGUAGCCUCUAGCCGACGUUUGGAUGGGUAACUGGAACUGCACAUGAGCUGCUGUGUGAGCUGUUAAAGGGAGAGCAAGCCUACACUUCUCGCCAGACAAAAUCCCUUGCUUCUCAGGUAUGCGGCCCAGGGAGAGCCAGGGCAAAGUGACUGCCCAGCAGUUACGUGGCUGGUGUUGCAGCAGUGUGCAGUCUGGCAUGGGCACACAGUGCUCCCCAGCAGGUCUGUCCGCAGAAGAUAACCGGAAGCUGGUGUAGAAACGCAUCCAGCUGAGUGCUGUGCUCCUCUUGGGAUGGGGCAGAGGUAGGAUGCUGUUAUCCUGGCCACCUGUCUCUUCCUUGUACGUGUUCCCUGCUUAACACUGGUUCUGGGACUGCUGCCUGCACCACAGACCCUGAGAUCUCUGCAGUGCGGAGCCGUCUGAGUUCCCCAGCAGCAUCUGCCUGCCCUGUCUGCCCGCUUGUGCUGUGGGAGCAAUCUGGCUCCCGUAGAGCACAGUACCUCCCAAUGGGAACAGCCUCAGAAGGGCCAGGCGGGAAGGAAAUCAUCACUUCCCUCCCCAUUCCUCUCAAACAAUCAGUCAGUAGGCCUGCCCUGGCUUGGAAAUCUCCCUGGCGAUGUGAACUACGGUUCCUCCCUCGCCCUGUGCCCCAGCUGGCGGCAGGAGGAGAAAUGUGAUGCACUUUAAAGGGAGGCUUUCUGCCCCGUCUGGGAAAGCCCUGCUCUCUUCUCUUCUCUCCCACUUGAGCAGAUUGGCGCAGAUUGGCCUCAGCUGUGCUGCAAAAUUCUUCACCUCUGCACAGGGGCCCUGGGUGCUGAGCUGGCUGCUGCUGGGCUGGAGAACAGCACAAUCCAUGCUGGCACCUGCUAGCACUGGUGGCUGCUGCUCAGCCUCACUGCGCGUGAGGAAGGGGCUCGAAGACAACCUGUGUGUCCACCCCAGGGCAUUGGGUGCAGAUUUUGCCCAGCUUGCAGCCUGCUCCCACAGUAGCCAGCUUGCAUCCCCUCCUUUUUUGUCCCAGAACUUAUUUACUUUCUGAGCACUUCAGACGUUCGCUACCUCGAUUUUUGAUUUAAGCUGCCAGCUCUUGGCUGCCGGCCCUAUCGGCGUCCGCAUUGGAUGUAUCCAUCCCUGUACCCACCGAGAGCCGCCCAGGCGCAGGGCCGCAUUCCUGGCUUCUGGGAGAUAAAGGCGGCGUGGCUGUUGCCGUCUUCCUGUCACCGCCUCUUCCCUCCGUGUCCCCCACCCGCUGUUCCCAUUGACAGGGGCCGGCGCGGAGGGCGAGGCGGAUGGGCUGGGCUCCAGCGGGGAGCUGGUCUGUACUGUGAUGCUGGGCAUUUCUCUCGACAUCCUUUGUUCCCCCGCUUGCUUGGAAGAGUCUGUCUUCAAGUAAUCCUCCACUGAAGUGUUUCUUAUUCAUGCCACCUGCUCUGAGACGGGCUCAGACCGCAGCCUCCUGAGAACGGCGUCUCUGGGGCCGCUUUUGUUCUCUCCCGGAGGCUGCCCUGCCCCUUCCACCCUUCCCCCAGGGCACCGCACACGCUUCCCCCCAGCCCAUGUAUUCUUCCACCCCUUUUCCCGGCGAGGCAGCAAGCACUGAGCGCCUCACCGAGCUGCUUCUCCCAGCCUGGCCCCGUCCUGCUGCGCGGGGCAGGCAGGUCCUGGGCGUCUGGAGGGAGCUGGAGAAACGUGACAAAUGUGUAAAUAGUGUCUGUGUCCACUGUGUCGUUGGAGCAAGCGAAACGAGGAAGUUUCCUUUCCUUUUUUUUUUUCUUUUUUUCCUUUUUCUUUCUUUCUUUUUUUUUUUUUUACGACUUCUGUGCAACGUUGUGCUUUCCCGUGUGGAUGUGUAGCUGGAUCGUAAUCACAGCACUAGGCGUGCCGGUAGGAAGCGUGGGGUUGGGAAACAUACACUAUUUAUGGUCCUUCCUCUGCCUCCCAGUGCAUCUGUCUACUUUUGUUAAAUUUCAAUAAACUUAUUUGUAGAUCC